AUUCAUUUUGCGAAAUCGGCCUUGCUAAACUUCGCUUAUAUAUCCUGUGCAUUACUCUGUUGUUCCAUCCCAUUCAUCUUGUGAAUUUAGAGUGUGCCAAGCGCCGCGCAUCCUUGCGAAAGCAUUUUAGUCUCGACCUCGAGUUUGCCCAACACAGAGUAGCCGCCAUGGCAUCAUCCGACAGCGAUAGCAGCUCGAGCAGAUCGACCUCGCCUGAACUUACAACCGAAAAAGAGAAAAAAAUGACGAAACACUUGAAGGCGCAGGAAUCAAGCGAGGAAGAAACCUCAGACUCAGGUUCGGACUCGGAUUCCGACUCUGACGAUUCCAACGAAAUGAAGCCCGACUCCAGCUCAGGCAAGAAAGUUGUACUCUCCGGUCCUCAGCCAUACAAACCACCAGCGGGUUUCAAGUCUGCAAAGAAGCAGGCCCCGCCAUCCUCAAAGGCCUCCUCCCUUCUCUCCAACCUCAACGACAAACAAGUCCUCCACCUCACAGCACCAGCCUCUCUGCCUUUGUCCAAGGUCAAAGAGGUGUGCAUGGCCAAGAUCAUGCAGGGUGAACCGAUCAUCUCCCACGACGGUGUGAACUACGGCAUCCCAGUCGAGGCUCUUUCCGAGGCCGAUCCUGCGACCAAAUCGCUACUUCUUUUCGACGAGAAGACACAAACAUAUUGCACAGCAGCCCACAGCGUUCCAAGUUACCACGUCCAAGAAAUGAUCGGUCUUCCAAGCACAUCAAAAAACACCGAUGCUGCAGUGGCCGAAAUGCGCAAAUACGUCAAGCCAGCCCGGCCACAGCCGAAGAACUUGAAGAUGCGCUUCCGGCCUGUCGGUACAACCAGUGCGCCUCCAGAGACCCUUGGAUCUAGCUCGGAAUCCGAGGCUGAGGUGCCUUCGUUCAAGGUUCCCAGGGGAGAGGAACGGAAGAGGAAGCUUGAUCACGAUGAAGCUGAGGAUGAAGCUCCCCAAGCUGCGGCGCUUCCUCGGAAGAAGUCAAAGAAGCACUCACAAGAAAAGGAGGAUGAUAGUCUGAGCCGGAAGAAGUCCAAGAAGUCCCACAAGGACAAGGAAGAAAAGAAGCGGAAGAAGUCCGAAAAGGCAUGAUUUGGCGUUAGUGUUUUUUGAGAAUAGCUUUGUUCUAACGACGUCCCCAAUACUAUGUACAAUUUACAAUCUUACCUUUCAUCUUGGAUCAGGUAGCUCUUAUAGCCGGCUGCAAUUUGAACAAUGCUACAUGAGUUUGGC